UGCUGCUUAACCUCGACGUCCCUCGCCAGUUCUUGGUUCCAGGCCAUGUGGGUUGCAACAGGUGGAGGUCCCACUGAGACUUGGAAAGAAGGGGUAAGCAUAUGAGGCUCACCUUCACAAAGGAAGGGGGAGGAUUGGAUGUAACAGAGUAAAAUAGGGUACGUACCAUGGGGGAUUCCACAGCUAAGGCUCAGUUGGCCACUGAGUUGAGAGAGCUGUUGCAAAAACAAGGAACAGGUAUUAAGUCUAGUACCAUACUGACAUUUGUGGACACUAUAGCUGAAGCUAGACGGUGGUUUCUGACAGGAGGAGGGUUGAAUAUCCCUGAUUGGGAACAGGUGAAACGUGAUCUACAGAAGGCAUUGAAGGAUACGGGACCAGAGGAGUUUCCUAUUGCAGCCUUUUCUCUUUGGAGGCUGGUAAAGGAUGCGCUAUUAACUGACAAGGUGAAAGUGAAGGAACAGUUAGCAGAAUGUGAGCAGGCUUUCGCCACUGCCCAGGAAGCUGAAACUAAUGAGUCUUUAAAAGGGGAAAAAGAGGAAGAGAAGGCUAUGACACCCCGCAAGAAACUUGCAGUUCAGGAUGAUGAGAGUGACCUGGAGUCUAUAUAUGAGUUGUUGGAUGAGGAGGAGCAGUUAGAGAGAGAGGCCGAAGAAUUACAACGGCGGCUGCAGAAAACGAAAGUAAAACAUAAAGAGCCUUCGGCUCCGAUCUGCUGUCGUCCGCCUCCUCAUAAUCCAUACUGGUUGGAUAGGGACAAUCAGGGUGAUAAGGAGGAAGGGAAAUGGAGGGGAGUUAUCUGGCAGGAUACUGUGCAGGAUUAUCCCAUUUCCGAAACUGUUAAUGCUGCUGAACAAGCUGUCAGAAAUCAUGUACCGUUGACAUUUAAAGAAAUGAAACAAUUAAAAGAAGCAGUGAGCAGUUAUGGUCUGCAGGCUCCAUUCACUGUGACACUUUUUGAGUCCUUUUCAGCUAGCUAUUUAACACCUAGCGAUUGGCAGCAAUUAUGCCAUGCUGCCCUGUCUGGAGGAGAUUAUCUCUUGUGGAAAAGUGAGAAUCACGAAAGAUGCUUAGAGCUGGCACGCAUUAAUGCGAGGGCCGGUCAACCCCAGAGGAAUUAUGACAUGCUGGCAGGCGCAGGGCAAUAUGCUGAUAUUCAACAGCAAAUAUUGUAUGACCCUGCCACUUACACUCAAAUAGCUAAUGCAGCGGUCCGAGCCUGGAAAUCUCUGCCAAACCUUGCUGCGGAAGAACAAAUUUCAAAGGUCUUGCAAGGUCCUUUAGAACCCUAUGCAGAUUUUGUUUCAUGGCUUUUGCAAUUGGCAGGAAAGAUCUUUGGAGAUUCUGAUCAGGCUGUGCCAGUAGUUAAACAGUUGGCAUAUGAGAAUGCAAAUAAGUAUUGCAAAGAAGCAUUAAGAGGGAGCAAAGGCAAGAGUUUGAAUGACAUGCUUCAUGUCUGCAAAGACAUAGAUGGUAAUCAUAUUACUGGACAAGUUUUAGCUGCUGCCAUAAGACAUGGCUUGCAAGGCAUGAAUGGUGAGGUGCUCGACCUAAAGGAUGUUUCCAGUGCAGGCAGGAAGGCCAUUUGAAACGUGAUUGCCCACAAAACAAUCCAAACCAGUCACCUGGAAUAUGUCCCAAAUGUAAAAAGGGUCAGCACUGGAGUAGUGAAUGUAGAUCUAAAUUUGACACACAGGGUAACCCACUACCUUCAGGAAUCAGGGGACGGGCCCCGCUCCGGGCCCCAAAAGCCAGAGUGUACGAAGCUAUGCAGACCCAAACAGUAAUCCCAGGCAGUGGUCACCUCUGUUUCAUUCUACAAAACAACCCCUUUCAAUUGACCAACUCAGUCAAGGAACACCAGGAAGUGCAGGACUGGACCUCAGUUCCACCGCCAGAGCAAUCUUAACCCCUCAAAUGGGACCUCAAGCACUACCCACUGGAGUUUAUGGCCCCUUACCAAAAGGAUCUGUGGGACUGCUUUUGGGUAGAAGUAGUGCGUAUAUGAAGGGCAUAAGGAUUUUGCCUGGAGUGAUAGAUAAUGACUAUGAGGGAGAGAUAAAAAUCAUGGCAGAGGCAACACAGGGGGGCUUAGUGAUCCUGCAAGGGGAGCGUAUAGCUCAGCUACUUCUGCUUCCUAUUGUUUCUACAAAAAAAUAGAAGUUUAUGUGUAGCCCAGGGAAAGAGAGGUUUUGGGUCCACUGGUACUCCUCAAGCAUUCUGGGUAGCCCACCUAGACUCUAGGCCUAAAUUAGAAUUAAAAAUUCAAGGUAAAUCUUUUAUGGGGAUUCUUGAUACUGGGGCAGAUGUAUCCAUUAUAGCCAAAGAAUAUUGGCCUGCACGAUGGCCUCUGGAGGAUUCUACAGCAGUGUUACAGGGCAUAGGACAGACCAGACCACAGAAAAGUGCCUGCAUAUUGAAGUGGAGUGAUCAGGAGGGGCAUGAAUGACAUUUUCAACCUUAUUUUGUAUUAGGUUUACCUACUAACCUGUGGGGAAGAGAUGUGUUAGAAACCAUGGGAGCGGUUCUCACUACUCAAGCUCUAAAGGGAGAAAAUCCAUUCGUUAAUAACAUAAUGAUGGAUAUGGGAUGGACACCAGGAAAAGGGCUGGGAAAGGCAGAGCAGGGUUGUGUUGCUGCUCUUACUGCCACCGAUGAGGUCACCAGCCUACCUGGAGAUCAGAGAGGCUUAGGGCAUUUUUAGUAUGGGUCACUGGUGUUCGGCCUUCUCCCACACCUAUUACUUGGUUAUCUGAUGAGCCUGUGUGGGUAGAUCAGUGGCCCUUACCACCAGAAAAUUGAGGGCGGCCCAUGAGUUAGUGCAGGAACGAUUGUUGGCAGGGCAUAUUGUCCCUUCCAUGUCCCCCUGGAAUACUCCUAUUUUUGUUAUCAAGAAAAGGUCUGGAAAAUGGAGACUUUUACAAGAUUUACGUGCAGUAAAUGCCACUAUGCAGUUAACGGGGGCUCUUCAGCCAGGCCUUCCCAGCCCAGUUGCUACUCCCAAAGAUUGGCAUAUGAUAGUGCUAGAUUUGAAAGAUUGCUUUUUUACUAUUCCUUUGGCUCGGCGAGAUUGCCAGUGUUUUGCAUUUUCUGUUCCUUCUAUUAAUUAUAAAGAACCAUAUAAGCAGUAUCAUUGGGUUGUUUUACCUCAAGGAAUGGCUAAUAGCCCCACUAUGUGUCAAAUGUAUGUUGCAGAAGCCAUACAACCCAUUAGAGCAAAGUUUCCAUAUGUAUAUAUUACACAUUAUAUGGAUGACAUAUUAUUGGCAGCAUCCACCCAAGACUGUGUAUUACAAGUUUAUGCAGACUUGCAGCAAGCACUUGCAGCUGCAGGAUUAGUGAUUGCCCCAGAAAAGGUACAAAAUAUGGCUCCUUAUCAAUAUUUGGGAUAUACUAUAAAUUCUGUAGGGGUAUUUCCACAGAAAUUAUAAUUUCAUAUUGCAGAAUUAAAGACAUUGCAUCAUUGGCAGAGGUUUUUAGGGGAAAUUCAAUGGCUCCGCCCCUCAUUCCAAAUACUCACUGGAGAACUUAAGAUGUUUUAAAAGGAGAUUCUUCUCCGACUUCCUUAAGGACCCUAUCAGCAGAAGCCAAGGCCACUUAAGGAAAGGUAGAACAAGCACUACAAGAACUCCAAGUGCAACAAAUAGAUUAUACCAAGCCCUUAUUAUUGCUAAUUCUUCCCUCUGAAUUUUGACCUACAGGAGUAUUUUGGCAAACAGGGCUCAUAUUUUGGGUGCAUUUAUCUGCAUCCCCAUCUAAAACUUUGAAUGCAUAUUAUGAAUUAGUAAUUUAGCUCAUAUGGAAAGCUAAAUAUAUGGGGGAAUCCUUGUUUGGAAAGUCUCCUGAGUGCUUUGUACUCCCUUAGACACAAGAAAUGUUAACUUUUCUUGUGUACUUUCACAGGCUAUAUAGAUAAUCUUUAUCCAAAACAUAAACUUAUAGAAAGCUUUAAAGUGUGUAGUUUUAUUUUUCCCCAUAUUGUAAAACAGGAACCUAUUAAGGGUUUUUGUUUAAUUUUUACUGAUGCAUCUAAAGGAGGUUUUGCUGUGGUCAUCAAUGGAGAUGAGGUAACGUGGAUGACAAUGGCCUCCAUGACUACAUAACAAGCUAAGAUUACAGCUUUACAAUUGGCUUUGCAAGUUUACUCUUUAGAACCUAUAAAUGUCUAUACUGAUAGUUGCUAUGUGGCCAAAAUGAUGCAUAGUAUGGAAACCACUCCAUACACUGGAAAACAGUCCACAGUACAUUCUCAAUUACAGCACCAUUCAAAGGUUAAUUUGGACUAGAAAACAUCCUCUGUUUGUGGGCCAUAUACGAGGGCACUCUGGUCUUCCAGCGGUGCUUGCAGAAGGCAAUGCCACUGCAGAUGUAGCUAUUCAUUUCACUUGUGUAGUCACCACCUUUGAUCAGGCAUUUCAAUUACAUCAGAAAUUCCACCUCAAUGUGCAAACUUUACAGCAUCGUACUGGCUAUACUCACACUGAGGCCUUAAAAAUUGUAUCUACUUGUGCCACUUGUGCUCCUUUUAUUCAUGUACCAUCAUCAGGUGUUAAUCCUCGUGACCUACGUCCCAACCAUAUCUGGCAAAUGGAAGUCACGCAUAUUUGAAGUUUUGGAACUUUAUCAUAUGUACAUGUGUCUGUGGACACGUAUUCUCAUUAUAUAGUAGCCACUCUUCACAAGGGGGAGCGUGCACAAGAUGUAAUUAAACAUCUUUUGGCUGCUUUCUCUUGUAUGAGAGUUCCACAGCGUAUUAAAACAGAUAAUGGACCAGCUUAUGCCAGCCAAAGUUUUCAGAAAUUUUGUUCACAAUGGAAUAUAAUUCAUAAAACUGGCAUUCCCUAUAACCCUCAAGAACAAGUGAUAAUUGAACGAGUGCAUAAACAUUUAAAGACUUAUUUGCAAAAAAAAAAAAACAAAAGAAGGUGAGAUGUACAGGGAUGUACAGGGACCCCAAUUACUCCUUUCCAUUAUUUUAUUUAUUUUAAAUUUUUUACUUGUGGAUGUUCAUGGGCGUACUGCAGCUCAAUGGCAUUUUUCGGUCCCCUCUCCCUCUGAGGUUCUGGUCAGGUGGAAGGAUCUUUCCACGGGCACAUGGCAGUCCCCAGCACCGCUAUUGGCUAGGGUAAGGGGAGCAGUUUGUGUGUACCCUCCAGGUGCUGAGAAACUAAUCUGGAUACCAGAACAGUGUGUUUGACCUGUGGAACAGACACAGAAAUAACAUGAAGAACCUCAUGAUUCCGAUGGUGCUGAUGGUCCUUAGCCCUUGGGUCUACACAGAGUCUUCAUGGAGCCUGGUUAAGAAUCCUCCAGUUUUGUUGCCAAUGCCCUAAAGUCCAGCAAGCUGUGGGGAUUCAUCAUCCAGAGUCCAAAGGGGAAAAGUCCACUAAGAAGAAAGCCAAGUGUCUCUUAAUGUGAGGUGAUGGGACAAUGAAGAUGAAAGUUGGAAGGUUUAGGAGGUAAUUUGCAUGCAUGGAAAUCCUUAAAAUUAACAGAAUUUUGGCUAUAAUUACAGGACUUCAAAAGAAGGAAGAUAUUGGCAGGUAGGGAGGUGCCAGAGGAGCUAGGCGAGGACAAAGAAUAAGAUGAAAAUAAAGUAUAUGAAAAAUGUUAUAAUAAUAAAAGAAGAAAGGUAAACAAGGCAGAAGAGCAAGUUUGGGAGAAGACAACUGUGAUCUGUGGUUCUAUGUAGGCUCUCCAGGAUGAGCGAUUGGACUCAGAAAACUGAGGGGUAUAUUGAGCAUAAAGGGUUUAUUCAGAAGAAUUGGGCAAUUUGUGGAUCGAGCAUUUAUACCCAUUUUCAUGGUACCUAUAAUGACAUGUAAAUACAUAACUUAUGAAAUUUUGUUUUAAUAUAUGUAAAUAAAUAGAAUUUUCCCAUGAUAUUCUAUACCAAAUCAUCUCAUAUUUCAUGAAAAGAUGUUGUUUAAACUAGAAACACCUAGAAACCCUUUUAUAAUACUGGAUUUAUAAUGACAUCGUUUCAAAUGAGCUGAAGAAUCAAUAAUGCCAGUUUUCCAUAUUGUACUUCAUUAACUUUAAAAUAUUAAUUUUUUACUUUUAGAUUCAUUUAUGUGUAUGUGUGUGUCCAUACAGGUGUCUGCAAAAUCUGCACUAGAGCCCACAGAGACUAGAAGUGGGUGUCAGAUCCUCUGGAGCUGAAGUUACAGGUGGAUGUGAGCUAGCUGCUGUAGGGAAUCGAACUCAGUUCCAUUAGAAAAGCAGCAAGCACUCAUGUGGAUUAACGACUUCAAUCUCUAUUAACUUUCAUUUUGUAUUUUCUUACAUCUUCAAAAACAUCAUAAAUUGUAAAUGGAAAAAUUCAGCAUAUCAAAGUAAAUCCAAAAACGUAAAAAGUACAACAAAACCCACUAUGGAACUUUGAAUGACAAUUUAGCCAUGUUUUCCUGCUGGUCUAUAAUAUAUUAUUGCUGACAUUGCCUAGUGUACUAUCAUAGGGGUAAUUAAGUCAUCCAUAUUCACAGUAAUGGAAAGCAACUUAAUUAUUAGAAGUAGACUCUAGGGAUCCCACUUACUUUUGUUUUUUAAAUUAUAUUAGUUCUCUGAGAGUUUCAUACAGUGCAUUUUAAUGAUAUUCACCUUAUAAUUCUUGGCCAUUUUAUCUCCUUUAUUACCCUGCCAAUUUUGUAUUCUAUUAUUUUUUAAUCUUUAAGACCAAUCUCUCAUCCCCAAAUAAUCAUGGACAUGUGAUCUUCCACUGGAGAGUGCUUGGCUUACCAGGUUACCAGGGAUUAUGAAAACCUGCUCUCACUGUCCCGGCAGCUACCUCGUGAUCCUGGAUGCUGGAUGCUAUGGAAUAACUCAGAGUUCUCCAGAGAACUGCAUUAGACCUGGCCUCACCUCUCCUGGAUCCUGCAACCAACUACCUUUGCUAGUUGUAAGAUAACUCAAAAUAAACUUUUGACUAUCAGAUAAUCUAUGUGGAAUUGCCUCAUUAAUUGCCACUAUAGAUUAACCCUCA